UCCGCUACACUAUACUAUUGUGCCAGGAACUCACAGCGACUCGGUCAGUGCUCUUUCUUCUCGCUACUCCUCAGUACUCGAACCUUUCCUCCGACAAAACAUGAAAUGAAGUGAAAAUAAAAUGGAACAAAGCCAGAGAUCAAUAACAACAGCAGCAGCCUCGGCCUCAGCCUCCUCACGUGGUCACCAAUUCCACCCAGCUCGAGCUGCCAUUAUCGAUCUCUUCAACCUCUACUUAGGCCGAAGCAGCCGCCAAAAACCCGAUGAUUCAGCUCGCGAACUGCCGAACAAGACCCAAAAGCGUGUUCUUGCUCUCAACAGAGAGCUUCCUCCUCCGAAUGAGCAAUUUCUCUUAGAUUUCGAGCAACUUCAUACCCAGUUUCCGGAUCAAGAGCAAUUGCGUGCUGUUACAGAAUCUGUACUUAUAACUCUGGUUGUGCAAUGUAGUAAUCACGCCCCGCGGGCGGAUUUUCUUCUAUUUGCCCUACGGAGUUUAUGUAGCAUAGAGUACAUUAACUGGGAUAGUUUCUUGCCGAGUCUUCUUUCUUCAGUAUCUACCACCGAAUUGUCAGCCAGCCAGGCAGGUCAAGCAGUGCCAGCUGUUUCGUCCUCUGGUUUAGCACAGAAUGGGAUGCUUCCUUCUUCAAGUACAAUCUCCAAUUCGUCAAUUUUUCAGUCUUUGAAUCCUACAUCCCCACUAUCUUCUGUUCAUGGCAUUGGCUCUCCAGCCCCAAUGGGGAUGGAAGCUUCACCUUCUGUAGCUAUGUCUCCGGUUAAAUCAUCUGAUAUUUCUGGUAAUGGGCCACAAUCUUCAGCAAGGGUCAAUUUAUUGAUAAGGGACAGUGCCAUGAGCAGUCUUCGCCAGCUAUGUUGCAAGAUUAUUUUAACUGGACUUGAGUUUAAUUUGAAGCCAGUGACUCAUGCUGAUAUUUUCAACCAUAUGUUGAGCUGGCUGGUUAAUUGGGAUCAAAGACAACAUGGUGUCGAUGAAUCUGAUGGUGUGAAAUCCUGGAGACCUGUCAAGGCUCUGAUUGAAUGGCUGCAUAGUUGUUUGGAUGUGAUCUGGCUGCUGGUGGAUGAGGAUAAAUGCCGAGUGCCCUUCUAUGAAUUAUUGCGCAGCGGCUUGCAGUUUAUAGAGAACAUUCCUGAUGACGAGGCCUUAUUUACACUUAUCUUGGAGAUUCAUAGGAGGCGAGAUAUGAUGGCUAUGCACAUGCAAAUGUUGGAUCAACACCUUCACUGCCCCACAUUUGGUACCCAUCGGGUUUUGUCUCCUACAAUUCCUACUGUUUCAGUUGAAGCUGUGGCUAACUUGCGCUAUUCACCAAUCACAUAUCCAAGUGUGCUUGGAGAACCUUUGCAUGGAGAGGAUCUUGCAAAUUCUAUUCAGAGGGGAAGUUUGGACUGGGAAAGAGCUUUGCGUUGUAUAAGACAUGCUCUUCGUACCACUCCAUCACCUGACUGGUGGAAGCGUGUGCUUCUUGUGGCUUCUUGCUAUAGGAAUCCAGCUCAUGGGCCUACUCCUGGUGCUGUUUUCACUUCUAGUAUGAUUUGUGAGGCAACUAUUGAUAGAAUUGUUGAGCUGUUGAAGUUGACAAAUUCAGAAAUGAAUUGUUGGCAGGAGUGGCUUGUAUUCUCUGAUAUCUUCUACUUUCUUGUGAAAAGUGGGUGCAUAGAUUUUAUCGAUUUUGUGGACAAACUAGUUUCAAGGCUAAUAGAGGGUGAUCAGCACAUUGUUCGAACAAAUCAUGUUACUUGGCUGUUUGCACAAAUUAUUCGGAUUGAGCUUGUGAUGAAUGCAUUAAAUACAGAUGCUAGAAAGGUAGAGACAACCCGAAAGGUUUUAUCAUUUCACAGGGAAGAUCGAAGCUCUGAUCCUAAUAAUCCUCAAAGCAUCCUGCUUGAUUAUAUUAGCAGUUGCCAAAACUUACGUAUUUGGUCAUUGAACACAUCAACAAGGGAAUGUUUAAAUAGCGAACAGCUUCAGAAAGGAAAGCAAAUAGAUGAGUGGUGGAGGCAAGCAAGCAAAGGGGAUCGGAUGUUGGAUUACAUGAAUAUGGAUGACAAAUCAGUUGGAAUGUUUUGGGUUGUAUCCUACACCAUGGCUCAGCCAGCUUCUGAAACAGUGGUGAACUGGUUAUCCUCCGCUGGAGUUUCUGAAUUAUUAACUGGAACAAACAUGCAGUCUAAUGAGCGGUUAAUGGUGAUGAGGGAAGUAAGCCCUUUGCCGAUGUCGCUAUUAUCUGGACUUUCCAUGAACCUAUGUUUGAAGUUGGUGUUUCAAAUGGAAGAUUCUUUAUUUGCUGGGCAGGUUGUUCCUAGCAUUGCAAUGGUUGAAACAUAUUGUCGAUUGCUGCUCAUUGCUCCUCAUUCACUGUUUAGGUCACACUUCAGUCAUUUGGCACAGAGGUAUCAAUCAAUAUUGAGUAAGCCUGGGGUGACUCUUUUGGUGCUAGAAAUUGUGAACUAUCGGUUGCUUCCACUUUACAGGUAUCAAGGGAAAAGCAAAACCUUAAUGUAUGAUGUUACGAAAAUAGUUUCUACUUUAAAGGGGAAACGAGGAGAUCACCGUGUCUUUAGGUUGGCUGAAAACUUGUGUAUGAACCUCAUUUUAUCACAAAGGGAUUUUUUCUCAGUUAAGAGAGAAGGGAAGGGCCCCACUGAAUUUACUGAAACUUUGAAUCGUGUAACUAUAGUCACUCUUGCCAUCAUCAUAAAAACACGUGGAAUUGCUGACGCUGAUCACAUGCUUUAUCUUCAAACUAUGUUAGAACAGAUAUUGGCAACAAGUCAACAUACAUGGUCAAAAAAAACAUUAAGCUACUUCCCUCCUCUUCUUCGUGAUGCCUUGAUUGGGAGGAUAGAUAAAAGGGGUUUUGCUAUUAAAGCUUGGCAACAGGCAGAAGCAACAGUGAUUAACCAAUGUACCCAGCUGAUCUCACUAUCAGCUGAUCCCAGUUAUGUGAUGACAUAUAUCAAUCAUAGUUUCUCCCAACACCGACAAUAUCUAUGUGCUGGCACAUGGAUACUGAUGCAGGAACACCCUGAAAACAUCAAUAGUGGAAAUCUGGCACGUGUUUUGAGAGAAUUUUCCCCUGAAGAAGUGACAGCCAAUAUAUACACAAUGGUGGAUGUUCUACUUCAUCACAUUCAUGUGGAACUUCAGAUUGGGCAUACCUUACAGGACCUUUUAUUGAAAACUUGUGCAAACCUUGCCCUUUUCAUUUGGACUCAUGAGUUGCUGCCGUUGGAUAUCUUGCUUCUGGCUCUUACUGACCGUGAUGAUGAUCCCCAUGCUUUGCGUAUUGUGAUUAGCUUGCUUGAUAGGCAGGAACUUCAAUCAAGAGUGAAACUAUUUUGUAUGAAUCGUGUGCGUCCUGAUCAUUGGAUUCUCUCAGGACUGUUCAAGCGUCUUGAAUUGGCUAAGGCACUUGGAAAUCAUCUAUCAUGGAAGGACAGGUAUCCCACAUUUUUCGAUGACAUUGCGGCACGCUUGCUUCCAGUCAUCCCAUUAAUUGUUUAUAGACUUCUUGAGAAUGAUGCUGUAGAUCCAGCAGACAGAGUUCUGGCCAUGUAUUCUUCACUUUUAGAAUAUCACCCCUUAAGAUUCACAUUUGUUCGUGAUAUACUUGCCUACUUCUAUGGUCAUCUUCCUGGAAAGCUUGUUGUGCGGAUACUGAAAGUACUUGAUCUUAGUAAGAUCCCAUUUUCCGAGUCAUUCCCACAGCACAUUAGCUCACCAAACCCUGUCAUCUGCCCACCCCCAGAGUAUUUUGCAACUCUUUUGUUAGGGCUUGUGAAUAAUGUGAUACCCCCACUAAAUACCAACUCUAAGUAUGGAACAGUUGGAGAUGCUUCAAAUAAUUCAGGGCGCAAUCCACAUACCAAGACAUCAGCAGCCUCUCAGUCUGGGCCAACGAAUGCUUCUGAGGGUCAGAAGGCGUUCUAUCAAAUCCAGGAUCCUGGAACUCAUACUCAACUGGUUCUAGAAACUGCUGUCAUAGAAUUGCUCUCACUUCCAGUAGCUGCAUCCCAAAUUAUCCCCUCUCUAGUGCAGAUUGUUGUUAAUAUACAACCAAAUCUAAUUCAAUCCAGCAAUGGAGCUCCAAAUUGUGUUGGACAAGGAUCAGUUUUGCCAACAUCGCCUUCUGGGGGAAGUACUGAUUCACUGGGUGGAAGCAGAUCAACCCCUUCAGUUUCAGGAAUCAAUACUUCAAAUUUUGUUUUACGAAGUGGUUAUACUUGCCAACAACUUUCUUGCUUGUUGAUCCAAGCUUGCGGUCUCUUACUAGCUCAGCUCCCUCCUGAUUUUCACGUGCAACUUUAUAUGGAGGCAUCGCGCAUAAUAAAAGAGUGUUGGUGGCUUACUGAUAACAAAAGGUCACUUGGGGAACUAGACUCUGCUGUUGGCUAUGCAUUGUUGGAUCCAACAUGGGCUGCUCAAGACAACACCUCAACAGCAAUUGGUAACAUAAUUGCCCUGCUGCAUUCUUUCUUUAGCAACCUCCCACAGGAAUGGCUAGAAGGAACACAUGUUAUCAUUAAACAUCUCAGGCCAAUAACAUCAGUUGCAAUGUUGAGGAUAGCAUUCCGUAUAAUGGGUCCAUUGCUCCCAAGACUUGCUAACUCUCAUGCGCUCUUCAAUAAGACCCUCUCAUUGCUUUUAAAUACAAUGGUCGAUGUUUUUGGGAGGAAUUCACCGACAUCAACUGCUGUUGAAGCAUCAGAAAUUGCAGAUCUCAUCGACUUUCUCCAUCAUGUUGUCCAUUAUGAAGGGCAGGGAGGUCCUGUCCAGCCUAACAGCAAGCCUAAAGCAGAGGUUCUAGCCCUUUGUGGGAGGGCAGCAGAAAGUCUACGUCCAGAUUUGCAACAUCUUCUUUCACACUUGAAACCUGAUAAGAAUUCUUCUAUAUAUGCUGCCACUCAUCCAAAGUUGGUCCAGAAUCCUCCAUGACCUUUGGGUUUCAGCAUUCUUCACUAGCCGAUCAUGAGAUGGCAAUGCCAACAAAGAUCGUUAAAGAAUUGAACAAGCUUUAUAUCUCUGUGGCUCUUUGUAGUGCAGAUGUUACUGCUUUGUGUUGCCUUGAGAAUAAGAUAUGUAAAAGAGUAAUGAUGAGAAUCACAAGGUACUCUCAACUGCUUCCAACCCUGAGUGUGAUGGCAAAGACAUUCCAGUUUUAAGGGUGCUGCUCCACUGAUUUGGUGCAGGAAAGCAUCCACGAGCAUCCAUAACGAUAAAAGGAGCAUUAUCCAUGAAGAGCUGUAGAGCAGAUGCUGUGAAUAGCUGCCGCGCCAAUUGCAUCCAAGGUUGCUGAAGGUCAAGAGGUGAUGACGGAAUUGUUCCAACCAGUUGUUACCUUAUGAUUAUAAAUAUCGGGAAGCAGUGGGAACUUGAUCAUCGCGCGC